AUGUCGUCAAACCACGCCUCUCUGGAUGCAGCUUCUAGCGACCGCAAAGCCCGCCUCGCCAAGCUCGCGGCCCUUAAGCGCAAACAACCCGAGCCCGAUACUCAAGAACCUGGCACCGCCAAUGACGAAUCAAAUGAGUCUAUCUCCGAUGUUACAACUCGGUUCCUCUCCGGUCGUAACUAUGACCCCGAAGCCCGUGGACCUAAAUUGGGCUUCGAGCAAGGCCCACAAGAAGGACAAGUGACUGUGGAAACGCAGGCAGCUCAGAUAGCCGAAGCUAUCAAGCAACAAUCCCAGAAAGAGGAAGAUGCCGAACAACCUGUUGAUUUGUUCAAACUGCAACCAAAGAAACCCAACUGGGAUUUACGACGGGAUUUGGAUGAGAAACUCAAGACUCUCAAUGUUCGAACGGAAAACGCAAUUGCUCGCCUCGUACGACAGCGGAUAGAGAAUGCACAGCGUAUUGCAAAGGAGCGAGGGGCUGUUACAAAUGGCGACGACCAAGGGGAGGAAGUGGGGAUUGAGGGCCAGAUGCUAGUGGAGGGGAUCCACGUCCGUGAACAGGAAGAGGAAGAGGAAGAUGAGGACUGA